UUGUUAUUUAUAUCUAAUAUCGACAUUCAAAUGUUUUAAAAUGCAGAGCAUCUAUUUCACACUAUUUUCAGUUAAGUUGAAGUCAGCAGAAGAAAUUUUUCAAGGUCAUUUUACUGCUGAGGAAAAAGAAAAAGGUUUCAAUUUGUUGCUGUCCUUCCAAACAAGAUGUUUGAAAACUUUAUCAGCCGAAACAUCCCCAAGUUCUAUUGGAGCAUCAUCUAAGCUACAUGUAUCUAUUCCAUUGGUAGAUUCAACACAUAAUUUAGACCAAAUAUCCAAUAUUUAUAGGGCUGUUCAAGAGGAUAUAACAUAUGAAGCUGCUAUUGUCAGCAACGAAAUGUGUAAAUCGAAUACAUCAAUAAUAAACAGCCAAUCUACAAAUAAGUUUAUUGCCGAGUCAAUAAACAAGGAAAUUUAUGAAAAAAUUGUCAGAGAUGAAGAAUCCACCACUACUGCAUGUACUGUUAAUAAUGUUAAUAUAGGUUUUGAAACAAUAAAUACAGAAGCCUUUAGAACAUUGGUAAACCAGGACUACAAUAGAGCCCACAAUAAAUUUACUUGUGAGAAACCAUAUAGCUGUAUUGACCAUGUUGACCACAGUGAUGACUACAGCAUGGUGGGAAGUGAAAUUGUGAUUGAAGAAGAAUGUCUGCAGUCUCAGUCAAAAAUGAAAGGUUUAAAAAAGAAAAGAAAAAUAAAGACAAAAGAUGAAAAGGACCCAUCUUCAAAAAAGAGAACUCGUCGUCGAAACAUAAUCCACAUCUGUAAAAAAUGUGACUUGUCCUUUGAAAGUGGAAAGGCUCAUAAAGAACACAUGAAAUUGAGUCAUAGCAUUUUUAACUUCAAAUGUGAUAAAUGUGGAAUGAGCUUUUAUUUUUCCCGUCAGUAUAAUAACCAUAUGGAAUCUCACCAGGAAUAUAAUUGCAAUACUUGUGAAAAGUUGUUUCACUCAUUCACUGAAUAUUCUGAUCACUGCCAAGAUCAGCAUGCCAUAAAUGUCUCAAAAGUUGAUUUGAUGAAAAUUAAUAACACUUGUAAAUUAUGUGAUCAAUCCUUUGACAUACCCAGCAGGUUAUAUACCCACCACAAAAAAAUUCAUGCAGAAGGACCAAUAAGUUGUAAACCAUGCCAACAGGUCUUCAGAACAAAACUCAAUUUAAAAAUGCAUGAAAGAAGUUAUGCACACCAUGUAAAAAGUGGAAAGAAAUUUACAUUAGAAAGGAAUUUUUUGUGUUCAGAUUGUGGAAAAUCAUUUUAUAGAAAGGAUUAUUUAGCUACACACAUGAAAUAUCACAAAACAGAAAAGAAAUAUUCAUGUAAGCACUGUGAUUUUAAGUGUUGUUUCAGUUAUACGUUAAAGAGACACACAUCUCAACACUUUGAAUCAGAACGAAGAUUUGUCUGUGAAUCAUGUGGAGCAGCUUUCCAUUCUCUUCAAAUUCUCCAAUCACAUAUUGCAUAUAAACAUAGUGACGCAAGGGAUUUUUGCUGCAAUUUAUGUUCAUCAACUUUUAAGUCCAGAAAUGCGCUUCAUCGUCACAUCAAGGCACAUUCAAUCGAAAAUCACAAGAAAUGUUUUUGUGGUAGAAGUUUUACACGUAUUGAAGCACUUCGCCAUCAUAUGAAAUCAGUUCACAGCAAAAAUGCAACUACAGCUGUUCGUCGGAGGUCAUUGAAUAGGUUAAUGAAAUCAGAAUGUAAAACAGACCUUUCAACUCAAAAAUCUGUUUCAAGAAAGAAAAAAAAGAAGCAAACUAAAUCUACCAACAGUAAAAUGUCAAAGUGUGUGGUAAAUACUGAUAUUUUGGCUGCCGUCAAAGCAAUUACAGAUUCCAAAUUUAAACCUAUAAAGUCUUCUGCUGAGAAACCUGUCCAAGGUAUUUGUAUUGCAAACUUCAAAUAUGCACCACUGAAUAUUAUAAAUCAGGCAUCCAACACAUUAAGAGAUCAUGAGAACAUAAACAAGAAUUCUGGUGAGAAAAAAAAUGCUGAGAUAUAUGUUCAGUCAGAACAUGCUAAGAACAAUCAGUUGAUUCGUGUUCAAACAGAACAAAAUAACAAACUACCUCGGUCCAGUACUGAUUUAAGUUUUCCUAAACAAAACAGCCUUUUACAAUCCAAUGGCAGUGAUAUUAUCAACACAGACCCAUUACCUGUUCUUAAAGAGAAAAAAGUUGAAAAACCAAAGCAAAAUACAGGAAUUUAUGUUCAGUCAGAGCAUAGCUACAGUCAUUUGUUUUAUGGUCAGUCUGAUCAUAACUACAGCAAUAUGUCUCAUGGUCAGUCAGAACAAAUUGAGAAACUACCAGUGUCCAGCAGUUCUUGUAUUAUACCCAAACAGAAAAGUUUAUUACAAACAAAUGACAGUUACAAUGAUCAAAAUGAAGCAGGGCCUGUUCUUCAAAACAAAAUAAUCGAAAAACCCAAACUCAUUCUUCCAAAAGGAUCAACUAAUCAUUCUCAGUUCCGACUGGCAAUAAAUCAGCAGAAAACAGUUUCCAGCAACAGGUUGAAAGGACAGAGCACCACAAGUUUAAGAUUCCAUAGUCCAUUGGUUAUGCCACAAAACACCAGUACUAAAACACCUCUUCUUAUUUUAUGGCGACCUCCACCAUCAAAUUGAUAUGUAUUUGAAAUAUUUGUUAUUGUAUUGUUUUUUUUCACAAUGAUUUGAGAUUUUACUAUGAUGCAAUACAUGUAAUUGUUAUACAUUUUUUCUUAUCUUUUGUUUUAUUUGACUAGUUCUAAUGUUUGAAAAUGAUGCUAUGCAUAUAAUAUAUACUGACUAUAUAAAUGUUUAAAGGUUU